AAUAGACAAAGAAACCAGCUUGGAACAUCCGAAGAUGAAGCUCCACUGUGGCCUUACCGCUGAAAAUUUGGCAGCUAAGUUUGGUCUCCAUGAAAAAGGUCUUGACUUCGAAGUUGUCUUCGUAGAUUGGGUUGCUGGUGAAUCCAAAACAAAAGCCUUUCUUGCUAAUUUCAACCCAUUUGGUCAAGUCCCGGUUCUUGAAGAUGGGGAUCUUAAACUUUUUGAAUCAAAGGCGAUCACGCGAUACCUAGCCGAACAAUACAGAGACGUUGGAACUGACUUACUACCAAAUGACCCCAAAGAGAGAGCAAUCAUGUCGAUGUGGAUGGAAAUAAAUACAAAUCAGUUUCAUCCUUUCGCAUCAACCCUCAUCAGAGAGCUCAUCAUAAAACCAUAUCAAGGCUUAGCCACUGACUUUACAUCGGUUCAAGAAAGCGAAAUGAAGUUAUCAGAAGUCUUAAACAUCUACGAGGCUCGUUUAGGUGAGUUUCCUUACUUGGCCGGAGAAAGCUUCAGUUUAGCAGAUCUUCAUCAUCUUCCACCCAUUCACUACAUGUUGAGGAUGGAAGAAGAAGGAGUGAAAGACUUGAUAUAUUCACGUCCCAAUAUAACCGCAUGGGUUGAGAAGAUGAAGUCCAGACCCGCUUGGCUAAAAACAGUCGUCAAAGGCGAUCACAUCUUUGAAUUGACGAAGCAACGUCGUCUGCCUAUACAGUUUGAUGCGUCAUGUCACGAGUUAACCUCUGUGGCUCAGACAACUACGAUGGUGACUGGGAACAAUUAAGUAACCAUUAAGUCAUCAUGCAUGGUCCAUUGUAUAAUCCAUUAUGUGUGUUUUCUUUUUAUCCCAAAAUAUCAUCAUGUAUGCAUGGUCCAUUGUAUGAUCUAGGGAUGUUAAGAUGAGUUUAUUUUCGUGGGUUUUAAAUGGGUUCUGGAAAAAAUAAAUGUCCAUUUAGACCAUUUAACUAGUCGGAUUUUAAAUGGGUAACCCAAUUAAAACCCAUUUAUUAAAUGGGUUUUGUCUAAAAUAAUCGGGGACCCGUUUAACCCAUUUAUAUUUUUUAGUAACUUAAAUUUAGUCCAUUUGUUUUUUUCUCGCCAAAACCAAAAAAUAAAGUUUUUCUCGCCAAAACCAAAAUUUAGAUUUUACGCCAAAAACGUCAUUUCUCGGUUUUGGCGGGAAAAUGUAAUUUCUCAAUUUUGGCGGGAAAACGUAAUUUCUCAGUUUUGGCGGGAAAGAGUAAUUUCUCGGUUUUGG